AUGGGCGCCGGAUGUAUCCGCGCUACAGCUGCCGUGUCGCCGGAUCGGUACAAGCUCACGAUCGAGCCGCCCACGGACUGCGCCCCUGCCACGACCGCCACGCCUGCAACGUUGAAGGACAUGGGCUGGAAGCUUCCGGCCAAUGUCGUGGAGAAGAGUGAGCUCCUGGCCCUAGUCGAAGAAGCCGAAAAGCAGAAGCUUGCGACAUGCAUUGACUUUUUGGUAGCUACUGGGGAUUCCCUUUUGGUGGCGGCUCGGUUCAAGUCGGUUCCGUUCUCGCAGUUCGAGUUCUGCGCCCACGCCCUGUGGGAGGCAGCCAAAGAUGCUGCACGCGAGGCUUCAAAAGGCUGCGGGCUCUUCUCGACGAAGCCGAACGACAAGUAUGUGCUUGGCAGAAGAAUGGAGAAGCUGGAGUGCUCGAGCCGCUUUGCAGUCGAUGCGACGGACGAGAAGACGUUACGCCACGUAAAACUCGGUUCCCAGCUCCGGGACUUGGGAGUUGCACCGGAGCACGUCGUGGAGGAGAAGGAGACCCGAAGGCUGCUUGUGCGGAACUUCAGGUUAUCAGCCGUGACCGACAUAGACAUGUGUGAAGGGCAACGCGGAGGUAUUUCAAUAGCCGAGGCCGUCCAGCGGCAGCCCAAGGUGCAAGCAGUGGCCAACGAGGCCAGCGUGGGCUUUCACGACCGUGCAGCCGUUCUCACCCUGGUUGCAGUGUGUUUGUUCAGUCCCAUCGCCAAGAGCCCUCUUCCAACGCAGCCCCUUGUCAGCCGAACUUUGGGAGCGGGGAGUUUUACGCAAACACCGUGGCCACGUUGGGCCGUGUUCACCGAACACGACAUGGGACGAGUCUCUGCCUUUCUUGAUGUCUGGUGCAACCUGGAGCAAGCUCGUGCAAGCUCGUGCAAGCACGAGGCUGAGAGCAACAUCGAGGCCGAGAUCUCUGUGGACCCAUCGACCCUGCAACGUGGCGACAGCCUCGGGCAUGGAUCCUUCGGCAGUGUGUUUAAGGCCAUGAUCGCCGAUUCUGGCGUCGUGAUUGCUGUGAAGGAAGUGUUCAUCGACGUGCAGAGAAAGCCAGACGAGAAGCUGAAGGUGCAGCUGGAGAACGAGAUCGAAGUGAUGCGAAGCUUAAGGCAUCCUCACAUUGUUUCCUACUACGGCUGCCACUGGGCGGACAAUCACCUCCAGAUGUACCUGGAGUACAUGGCCGGUGGUUCCCUUGCCCAGGUUCUCGCCAACUUUGGCCCUUUGGAAGAGUCGCUCAUCGUGCGGUACACGCAGCAGCUCCUGCUUGGUCUGGAGUAUUUGCACACCCAGAAUCCGUACAUCUUGCACCGCGAUAUCAAGGGUGCGAAUGUCCUCGUGGGCUUGGACUCCUUGGCGAAACUGGCAGAUUUUGGGUGCUCCAAGCGCGCCAAGGAGACCACGUCUGUGACGAUCGAGGGCUCAAUUCCAUGGAUGGCACCCGAGGUCCUCACGCAUUCGCGCUAUGGGCGAGCAGGCGACAUAUGGAGUUUCGGAUGCCUGGUGAUUGAGAUGGCUACGGCAGAUUCGCCGUGGGGGCAUUUUGACAACUUGAUGGCAGCGAUUCUGAAGAUCGGCAUGUCAGGAGAGUUGCCGCCGAUCCCAGACACCAUCUCCGCCACGUGCCACAACUUCAUCCGCCGAUGUACACAGCAUGAUCCAGGCAAGCGGCUGAGCGCCACGGAACUCCUCAACGAGGAUUUUGUGCACGAAGCCCAGAACAUGGCUUAUAGGGAGCUGUUUGAGCUGUGGGGUCCCGUGAGCUCGUGGUCCACGAGAUACCGAAAGCUUCACACCUUGGGUGAUGUGGGGGAAGGAGGAUCUAGGCUUGCCGCCGAUGAGGCAAACCACAAGAAAGAGGCCGGGAGGCGAUGGUUCUUCGAGAUUCACAUGUUGAUGUUCAGGAAGCCAGCCCUCAGUGCGAGCGCAUCGACGAGGAAGAAGCGGAAGACCUUCUUCCAGUGGGAUGGGAGCGACACUUUGACUCUAACUGGUCGGCCUGGUACUAUUGGCACCGCAACAGUGGCCGAUCGCAGUGGGCCAGGCCAAAGGAGGACGAAGCAGAUGCCGAGGUUGAUUCAGUUGCUUGACUUUGCCGUGUCUUUGUGGCUCGGUAACAAGACAUUGAACACUUGGAGCACAGGAAAGCGCCUCACAGCGCAGCGGCAGAAGUGGCAGAAGCGGCAAAAGCUCUCAAGGACCAGGGUACUUUCCGCAGACUUUGCCUGGAUACGUGAGCCAGGCUUGCUUAGCCUCAGCGACUGCCUAGAUGCCACAUCCUCUCCGUUGGCAUUGGAAUUCGAAGUGGCCCUGCAGCCCUACGCAUUUCCCGCCGUAGGCGGAGUGUCUCACUGGAUAGGUUAUCCCUGCAGCCAAUCGUUUGGCAUGCUGAGACCAGAAGGCAAGAUUUGCCUUCUGGAGCCCAGCUUAGACUCUAAGGCCUUGGAGAUCCGCCUGCGAUUCGCACGUGCAGCAGACCUGCCCGAAGCAGAUGGGAAGGAUGUCACAGCGAAGGAGACCAAGGUCUCCAAGGUUCAAGCAGGCUCACUGGCAGAGCAGCACCAUGUUGCGCCUGGAUUCGUCCUUGUCACCAUCAACGGUGGCCCCUGCCAUGGCAUGGUGGAAGCAGACAUCAAGCAGAAGUUGAAGGAGCGGCCGCUCAAGCUCUCGCUGCGGCCACCUGCAGAGGACCCACCGGCUGCCAAGUCAGAGAGCGCACCGCAAGCUGCGAGCUUGUCCUCGACGGACGUGUUCACAGCGAUGGUCUCUGAGGGCGGCUUGGGCUUCAGCGUGAGCCAGAUUCCGCCUGCACCCACAGUCCUGGUGAAGAAGGUGGAUGCGGAUGGCUGGGCAGCCGCUCAGGGGGUUCUCGAAGGCUAUGAACUCUUGGAGGUGCAAGGAGAGGCAACAAGCACAAUGUCUCAGGACAGCUUUCGCGUGGCCAUGAAGUCGCGGAGGCCACUGUCACUUACUUUUCGCCGAGCAGCCCCAGCGGCAUCUGCUGCUCCUGCCAUCCAGGCAGAUCUGGAAAGCUCGAGUGCUGAGCGAUGGAAGGCAGAAGGGGAAGCCGCAAAGGGACAGCCUCCUCCAGUGAAGGUAUGCCAUUGUGAACUUCAUCUCACCACCACUUGUUUUGAGCAUCCGGAGGAGGAAGCCGCAAGCCACAAGGAGACCAUGCAGGCCAAGCAGGCCGAGCGGGCAAAGGAUCCCGCUUGUCAAGAUCCGACUCCGAAGGAGGCAAAAGAUCUCGACAAAGCUCGGCCUUUGCCAGCAAAGGAUGCAAAGGAUGCAAAG